UUUGUGUACCUCAGUGUGUAUUUGUACACAGUAUGUCAGUUUAUUUUCUCCACCUCUCCAGGUGUGUCCAGGUGUUGCAAUAGAUGCCUCACAGCUGCUUGUCUCUCCAGGUGCAUUGUGGGUGACUGCAUCUGUUUCUUUGUUGUAAAAACAACGGAUCAGAGACUAAAACAUAAGCCCUGCACGCCAGCCUGCAUCACACGCGGACAGUGCCUCUCGCCUCCAUCCGGUUGUCGUCAUGGGAACGGUGCUGUCUCUGUCUCCGGGCUCACGGAAAGCCGCUCGGGGCCCGGAGGAGCUCGCGGUAAAGAAGCCGCUGGAGGAGGAGGAGAAGGACGGAACAAGGAAGAAGAAGAGGCACCCGGUGCUGCUGCACGCGCUCAGCUGGAAGAAACGGCUCGUGGCCGCGCGAGCGAAGAGGAAGGGAGGGAAGAAAGUGAAGCCCGCAGUGUCCGAGCCCAGGCACGUGCAGCAGGAGCGCCGCGAGCCCAGAGUAGCGAAGCCCGGACACAAACACGGACCCAUCCCGGUGCCCGUGCCCACGGUCCCAGACCAGAACCAGAGACAGGCCUGGCCCGAGCCGCUCGUGUCCCCACGGAGGGUGGUGGUUCAGGCGUCCACAGGUGAGCUCCUUCGCUGUCUCUCCGACUUCAUGUGUCGCCGCUGCGUCAAACUGAAGGAGCUCUCAUCCAAUCAGAUCGUUCUGUGGUUCAGAAACGUGGACCGAGCGUUGCUGGUUCAGGGUUGGCAGGACCAGUGCUUCAUCAGUCCGGCCAGCCUGGUGUUUGUGUACCUGCUGUGCAGGGACGUGGUGGAUGAGGAUACUGCUUCAGAGCACGAGCUCCACGCCACCUUCCUCACCUGUCUCUAUCUCGCCUACUCCUACUUGGGCAAUGAGAUCUCCUACCCCCUGAAGCCUUUCCUGGUGGAGUCCAGUCGUGAUGCAUUCUGGGAUCGAGCGCUAGAGCUGAUCGAGCGCCUUAGCGGCGACAUGCUGCGAAUCAACGCCGAUCCACACUUCUUCACCGAGGUGUUUCAGGACCUGAAGAAGCAGGGCACAUCAAGAGCGAGGGAGGCGGAGAAAGAUGGGAAACAGCAGGAGAAGGAGGAGUUGAAAGAGGGGCAGGAGGAAAAGAUGGAGAAGAAGGAGGAGGUCAGCAAAGAGAAACCUGAGGAGCAGCAGCAGCAAGAGAAGGAGGGGCCGAAUGAAGACGAGGAAGAAGGCAAGCUGGAUGAUCUGGACCGCUAACAGAGAGAGGAGAUCGGCAGUGUUUGUUACAGAGACUUGCCCAGCAACCAUUGACCCGCCAGGGUCUGAAUGUAAACCGCUGUUAGCGCGGCGACUGACAAGCGGCAGGCGCGAUGCCAAAAGUUUUAUGGACACUAGCUCACUUUAACUGCAUGAUGUCAAUCAAGCUUGUAGACAAGUUACCAUGGCAACCCUACCAUCUCAAGCCUUAUUUUGUUUAGUUGCACAAUUUGGCGGCAGGGACAGAAAGCAUCACACGUAACAGCAGCAUGCUCAGGUCAACGCUGGUUUUGGUUCUGUUCUGAGGUUUUGUUUCUGAGUUGUUGGGGUUUUUUGGGGGGUGGGUGGGUGUUUCUGGGUUCUGCCAUUCUUUAAAAAACAAACCAUGUAUUGUUUUUUUUUUAAUGGGACUCACCUGAAUGCUGCCCGUCUGAGGCGGUCCGCUGGUUAGAGUUGGGGUAACAGGUGACAACCCCUACAAACAUGCAGGUUAGCAUGUGGUGAUGCAUAAUGAUUAAAUCUGGAGUUUUAAUGUGUUAAUGAAACAGUAUCACUUAGUUUUAUAAGGACAGAGGCAGUGAUGCUGUACGCCCUGUACCUGCACAGGUGUGUGCACGAGUGAGUUCCAACCAGAAAGAAAACCAUCUAUGUUCUUUUGAUAGAGUCAGAAAAGCUGGAGGGGGCAGACAUAGAGCUUUAAAACGACUCAUUUUUUAUUACGUCUGACUCAUCGUAGAUGGAGGACACUGGGAAAUGUUUGUGGUUCAUGAACUGCAGGUUUUUUUUGUUUUUUUUAAAUCAUUGGACGUUGAUCAGCAGGACAGUUGGUGAUCGUCUCAGCUCUGAAACUGUCCUGUGCUGAUCAGCGAGCUGCUUCAACUCGUUUCCUUCCUUUACUUUAGCUGGACUGAAGUUACUCACUGAGAGACAGGGAUGCAGGAAAGGUUCCAGGUGUUUCACUUCAUGUGGUUGUGCAGAUGAAAUCGUCUUUGAAAAUAACUUGUUAUUGUAUUUAUUCAGCUCAUCAGAGCCCAAAGUGUAUUUAUUGAUCAGAAUCAAUAUUAUUGAAAGUUGAGUGGAAGAUCUCCUCCUCCAGUGGGUUAGGGGUUUAAGAUGAAAAUCUGACAUUUUAACUUCCUGUAAACAUAGUCCCAUUAACAGAGCUGUGUAAAACAGAUUUUCUCAGACAGGUCGUGUGACCUGGCAGUCAGCUGACGUGAUUUUGAUGUUUUCUGUCUCUGGUCUGAAAGUUGAAUGUAAAAGCAGUCAGAUCGACUGACCCUGCUGAACCAUCAUCAUAAACAACAAAAGUCAGCUGUGUGUGUGUGACCUCUUAUUUCCCUUUUCACCUGUGGUUUCAUCUGCAGGCCACACUCUGUUCUACCUGCCUGUAUCCAUGGAAUGAAAGAUGAAGGUUUGAACCUGUCUGCUUGUGUUGUUUGGGUAACCCUCGGUCUUCAGACGGGACGAGAGUUCAGACCUGAGUCCCAGUUCAUCCUGUUAGCCCUUUAAACUAGAUCUUAAAUGUGCCACUACGUGCACACUGCUAAAUCUGAAGUGGCCAGAAGUUUGUGAUGUGAUGACAACUGCAGUCGUGGUUAUUUCC